UAAUGACGAACACCUUUCAGUUUCCCCAAUGCCACGGUUCUUGUUGUCGUCGUAACUUAAAAUGAUAAUGGCUUAAUCUAAAUUGAGUAUAAUUUAUCCUGGCGACUGUUUUUGGACUCAACAUACUGUAGGUUCAGGAGGGGUGUGGAUGUUCCUUUCCGCUUUGCCACCCCUGCAAAAUUGCGUCUACGGAGGAGCUAUAUGGGAGGUACAACUGGAGCCAUCGCCCCUCGCACAUUGUUCUUGCAAAAUGGCGGCUGAAAGUGGACAUUCACAGCGUACGCGGACUUAUUCGUCCUGUUCGUGCCCUAGUUCAGAUGAACAUGAAAAUCUCGAUGAGCAAAAAGUUGAAGAUGUGACAAUCGGGUUUUUGUACAAACCGAGAUCAAUCACUAUGAUGUUAGCAUUGACAAUUGGUUUGCUCUACCGAGCAUUUGCAAGAGAUUACGAUGCCAACCAACAUGAUAACUUCCUGCAGGGAAUCAUUGCUGCUGUUGUUGUAUUUGCAUUUCUCAGCCUGUUGAUCUGCCCUAACGGUCCAUUUGUCAGGCCACAUCCUGCUGUUUGGAGGCUUGUUCUUGGUUUUGGUAUUCUCUAUUUGCUUUUUUUGACAUUCGUACUUUUCCAAAGUUACAAAGAUGUCAGAGAGAUGAUGUUCUACAUGGAUCCAACACUGAAAGGACUAGGUCCAGACACAGAGGUAUAUGCAGCUGAUUGUGAAUUGAGAUGGGAUCUCAUUUGGCACAGAACUGAUACCUUUGUGAUUGCACAUUUCAUUGGAUGGGUUGUCAAGGCAAUCAUGAUCAGACAUGCUGGCAUCCUUUGGCUUCUUAGCAUAAUGUGGGAAGUAACCGAGAUUGCCUUUUCUCAUCUACUUGAGAACUUUAAAGAAUGCUGGUGGGAUUCCAUUCUGCUAGACAUCUUGAUAUGCAAUGGCCUAGGCAUCCACUUUGGCUUGUUUCUGUGCAAGAAGCUGGAGAUGCGAAAGUAUUAUUGGGAAAGCAUAAAGGACAUCCGUGGAACAUCGAAAAAGCUCAAGAGAGUCAUUAUGCAGUUCACUCCCGCUAGCUGGACACACGUUUCGUGGUUGGACCCAAAGAGUACUUACAUGAGGUACUUUGCAAUUUGCCAGCUCUGCAUCAUGUGGCAGAUAUCUGAACUAAACACUUUCUUCCUGAAACACAUAUUUAUGGUCCCAACAAAGCACCCGGUCAAUUUGUAUCGCCUUAUCCUCAUCUGUUUGAUGACUGCUCCAGUUAUGAGACAGUAUUACAUUUAUGUGACAGACACAAGAACGAAACGUCUUGGAACACAGUGCUGGGUUUUCGUGUUUGUGACUCUUCUUGAAGCACUUGUUUGUGUUCGUCAUGGAAAAGGCUUAUUCUCCAAUGCAGAUAUUUUCGCUAUAGUUUCAUGGAUAGUAUUUCAGCUGGUGGUGAGCUGUUUCACCGUGUAUUUGAUGGUGCUAUGGAGAAAAUGGAAAAACAAAGUCAACAACCAUCGGUCUAAAGAGUCUCCCCAAGACCCGGGAUCAGCUGUUGGCGAAGAAGAACAAAGUACUGAAAAACUGACAUCGAUUCUGAAACACGAGAACAGUCCUAAAGUUGGCCUUGCCAAGGGCCUACGGUUCGAAGAUAGUAGUGAUGACGAAAGUGAAGAAACCUACACGCGCAUUACCCGCAGAAAAAUCAUCAAGACAAGGAGUCGAACGAGGAAGGAGGAAAUACAAAGUGAAAAUAGUGGAUUGUAAAUUGAGCUCGUUGGACAAUGACUGCAUAUUGAAUGUUUCGAUGGAUGGAAUAAUGUAAACGGGGAUCUUUUUGGUAAAGCAAAGAUUGUUCUUUAUUCGCGCAGCUCACCAGCAUAAAACAGCCUGUUUGGUCAUUCCCUCGUCAUGAGAGCCACAAGACUUAGAUGGUAAACGAACUGAGGAGUACCCUGUCCCUGUGGAGUACCCUGUCCCUGUGGAGUACCCGCUCGCUCCCCCUUGCCAUCCUUUUGGUACCCUGCCAGCAUCGUCCAAUCAGCUUGUUCAAGAGUUUUUAUUUAAAUUGUACUGGAACUAGGUUUUUUCUAAUUUAAAUUCGGUUUGCUUAUCCAUCAAACGAGUUGAUUCCGUUUUUGGCGCGCUCUUGUAAAGGCUCCCUAGAGUAAAGAAUCUAUGAAGAAGCAACUGGACUUCCCUAUGGGAAUUCGAAGCUUAAAAGACUAUGUAAUCUAAAGAUUUUAUAUUUCACUUUAUUGAAGACAAGAUAUUGUAAACAGGCCUGGUACUAAACUGGAGAUGGACGCAAGUCGAGUAGAUUCAAUCUGAUCAAAAUGUCUUGUUGCAACGGAUCUAACUGCAACAAGUCUCUCUCAGUGCCAAGGACAAAAAUCCUGGCUAGAGGUUAGUCUAAAUCUGCACAAUUUCUGGUUUUAUCUAAAUUAAGUUUCAUAUAUAUCUAGACAGUUUUAUACUAAACCACAGCUGUGCUACACGUAGCAGGCAAUGAUAGCGUAUAAUAAGAUUCCUUGAACCCCUCGACCUUGCAGGGUAGUACGAGCUAAUACCCCGCUUCUGAACUGCAACAGCUGAUAUCUGCAACAAUUGAUAUCCUGCUCUUGCCGUAACUGCUUAUUCCAUUAACUCGUAACUCAAUUUUCCUCUCAUCCUCAACGUGAUAAAAAUAACCUGAUAUCCAGACUUCAUUUUAAAGAGAAACCCGUGUUCACAAUGUAGUCAUUUUCCAAGCAUUGCAUUUAGUUCUUAACGUUUAGUUUUUAACAUUUAGUUAUUUAUGCAUCGCGACGCUUCCGUUCAAUCACCACUACCCUCCCCGCUCGCAGACAGUGUCGAUUUUUUUUUCUUUUUUUGGUUUCUUUUUUUUCUUUUUCUUUUAAGUUUCUAGUAAAAAGUAGCUGGGUUUAUAUGAACCUGCAAAACCCUCCUGGGUGUCUCGCCUAGCAUUUAUUUACCCUCCCUGGGUGUUUCCCCUAGCAUCAUUUUUGGAACAGACUUUGAGAUCAUUGUGAAUGUCCACAGCGUUGUUAUGAAGAUUCAAGCCCCCCUGUGAUAUUGUUAUUGUACUGUAGUUUGUAGUAGUGUGUUGAAAAUUUCUAUGAGCAUAAAAAUACCAUUAAAAGACAAGCCGCAUGAAAAAAGCUAGCCAUUUCGCACAAACUUAUAUUUUUGUCAGUAACUAUGUUUUUAUAAUAUAAUGCUUUUAUGUAUUUCA